AUGUUUCUCCAUAAUUUCCUUUUUUCUGAUUCUCUCUCUCUCUCUCUCUCUCUCUCUCUCUCUCUCUCUCUCUCUCUAUCUAUCUAUCUAUCUAUCUACCUAUAUAUAUAUAUAUAUAUAUUUAUACGGUCACAAACUCGCUGUUUAUUCUUGCCUUCCCAAUAUCCUCCAUAUUUUCUUCUUUUGUUCUGCAAUGUAACCUUACUUUUCUUUAUUUGUCUUUUCUUCUUCUUACUUCCUUUCCUAAUCUCUGUCUAUGCUCUGCUCAAUUUCCUCUUCAUUCUUCUCGUGUUUUCUUCAUAUAUUUAUCUAUGUUUUCUGGAUUUGUAUUUCUUUCUUUCUUUUUCUUUCUUAGUUUACUUUAGCUUUUCCGCUUCUUUCUUCCGUUCGUUCGUCACUUACUUUCUUUCUUCUUUGACGGGUGAUAUGCCUUUUUUUUUUUUUUCUCAAAUGUCUUUGCUCUGUUCUCUUUCUCCUUCCCUUCAAUUCUGUUACGCAUUCAUUUCCAUCGGCUUCCUUUUAUAUUUCCAUUGCUUCCUUUCUUCUUCCUUUCCGUCUCUUUUUUUCCCGCUUAUUUCCUAUUCUCCAAUUGCUUUCUUUUCUCUUCAUUUAUAUACGUAUUUCUUUCCUUUAGUUUUCUUUGUUUAUUUGUUUCUUUCUUUCUUUCUUACUUGCAUUCCUUUUAUCUUUCUUUCUUUGAUGUUUUUUUUUCUUUCUUGCUUGCUUGUUUGCAUUCUGAGCUUUUAUCUCUCUUUCUCAUUUUCUUUUUGUGACGUUUACUGUCUUUCUUUAUUCUUUUCUUUAAUUUUUCUCUCGUUCUUUCUUUCUUUUCAUUCUUUCUUUAUUCUUUUCUUUUCUUCUUUCUCACUCGAUUUCUUUCUUUCUUAUUUUCUUUCGUUUUUUAUUCUGUUUUCUUUUUACUUGUGUUGUAUGUUUCUUUUCUUCUUUCUUUCUUUCUUUUAUGCCUUAUUUCUACUUUCCUCCCUUUUCCUUAACACUGAGCAUUCUUUCUUUAUUCUUUUCUUUUCUUCUUUCUCACUCGAUUUCUUUCUUUCUUUCUUAUUUUCUUUUGUUCUUUAUUAA